ACCACUCCCUUUCCUGUGAGAGGAUGUGUUCGGCCGCUUUUCUUUUCUCUUUCUCUCUUCUUUUCUCUCCCAUCUCCCUGCCCUCAGACCCGGCGGUCCCGGCGAUGCCGCGCACCCCCUGAGCCGGCCGGGGUCACCCUGGCUGGCACCCGCCGCCGCAGCGCGAUGGCCAGGCUGCAGGCUCCGUCCAGGAGGCGGCAGGGACAUUAGCCGGGGGGUCUCGGCGGCACGGCUCACCCGCGGACUGGGAGGAGCGGAGAGCAGCAGAAGAGCCCCCGAAGCACGACCCAACCCCGUCCACCGUGUAUGAGGCUGGGACGCAGUACGCAGGACCCGCGUCCGCAGAGACACCCCUUCCGAUGUCCCGGCAUGAGACUUCUCCGACAACGGUGCAACCCGCCAGCAACCACCGCCCCAACGCCUGCUGCUUCUGCUGGUGCUGCUGCUGCAGUUGCUCGUGGAACGAGGACCGGGAGCGAGCAUGGAGGGCGUCCCGGGAGACCAAACUGGAGACCAUCCCAAACUGUGAAGCGUGCGCCAAACCCACUCCGGAGGAGGUGCGGGGCUGGGCACAGUCCUUCGACAAGCUGAUGAAGAGCCCGGCGGGUCGCAACGUCUUUCGGGAGUUCUUGCGGACUGAGUACAGCGAGGAGAACAUGCUCUUCUGGCUAGCGUGCGAGGAGCUCAAAAACGAGUGCAACAAGCACACCAUCGACGAGAAGGCCAGGAUGAUCUACGAGGACUACAUCUCCAUCCUCUCGCCCAAGGAGGUGAGCCUGGACUCGCGGGUGCGGGAGGUCAUCAACCGCAAGAUGCAGGAGCCGUCCUCGCACACCUUCGACGACGCGCAGCUCCAGAUCUACACGCUCAUGCACAGAGACUCCUACCCUCGCUUCCUGAACUCUGCCAUAUACAAAUCGCUGCUCCAGAGCGUCUCCCGCUCCUCCUCGGAGUCCUAAGGGCGCCCGCCGGCCACGGGGACGUCGGCGGGGACGCGGUGGCUGGCGUUGGGGUGGGGGGGGGAGCUCGGUGCCUCCUUCCCUCCCUGCCAGCCCCCUCCCCAAGUUUUUAGCUUUUUACCUAUGAACCGUCACCCCGGUUUCUGGGCCGUUCUCCAGGACUGUCCCCGGGGCUGGUGCCGCUGCGGCAGCACAGCCCGGGCCGGCUCGUACUACUGAACCCCUGCCCCGUCCCCGCCGCUGGCCGGAGCGAGCCGGGGAAGCUCGCGGGAGCGCGUGGAAGAGCGCCUGGGGCCCGGCUCCCCCUCCCUGGCUCCACCCGCACCCCGUUUUGAAGAGGUCACUUUAUCCCCUCUCCACCACACCUGGGGACACGGCAUGUCCCCGUUUCCCACCUGAGACCCAGUUGGGGACUGGGUUGGGGGUUUUUUGGGGGUGGGGGGGAGGUCGAUUGUUGUUGUUUUCUUUUUUUUUUUUUUUUUUAUUUUAAAUGCUUCUUUUGUUGGCUUUUACUGGGGGACUCGAGGGGUGGGAGGGGGGGUUUGGCAAGCGUCUCUGUACAUAUAAAAACUUGUCAGGUUUACGUCACUCCUCCGUCUGUUUGAAGCAGCCGACGGUGUGGGGAGCAGUGCUGCAGCCAGGCUGGAUGGAGCAGAGGGCAGGCAGCACCCUGGGGCCAUGGCCGCCCGUCUCCGAAGCUGUCCAAGGGCCUCUGGAGGGGCCAGAAGGGACGGUGGGACCACGAGGAUGCGCUCGGAGGGUGGGCAGGGGCUGCCCUACAGCUGCCCCCUCCACCAGUCCCCAUCGCACACGUCAGCACCGGUCCAGCCCCGGGACACCGCACGCUUGUCACCCCAAACCCAGAGCAUCCUGCACCCUCAGUUCAUGGGCCUCAGGGAAGGGGAAAACACGCUCGCAGGCCACGUAGGUGUUAUUUAUCUUCCCGCAGAAACCCGCAGGCACCAGGACCCCCGAAAGCGAAGGCUCCCGGCUGGCCCAUGCCUGCCUUGCCAUCGGGGAGAAUCCCAGGGGUCUGCCCUGGUCCCUCAGGAGCAGUUUGGCACCGAGCAGUGGGCAGGCAGGGCUCCAUGUGGGAUGGGAAGUGUCACAGGGAAGAUCUAAAAUAUCUGUGUGGUUUUUGUAUGGCAUGAGGAAUGGUUUACUGAAGCCCCAGCACCCAGAAUUAAAACAUUUCUGCCGGCAGCCCCUGCCCCCCACAAUGAAAUGAAGCCAACGCCGGGGUCCUGCCACCCAGCUUGGCCACGCACCGGCUCAGCCCUGCUGCAGAAGACCAAUGCUAGUCUUUGCCUUUCCUGACCCGGAGCAGCCUGUGGUUUCCUAUUUAUCUACCCCUUCCCCUCCUUCUUCUCUCUUCAUCCCUUUCAAAGAAAAAAGAAAGGGCACUCGUUCUUUUUAUUGAAGAUAUUUUUUAAACAAACAAACCAAAAAAUUCGCUCGGCUUUUUUGUUUCCUUCCUUCCUAGUGGCAUGACUGCGUGGAAAUUCAUGUCAGUAAAGUUAGUGUUGUUUGCCAAGCUGGAAAUACAAUUCAAGAAAAUGUAUUUUUGAGAGAGACCAGAGAUAGCUCAUUUGUUCAGGAAUGUUGGUAUUGUUAUUAUUUGGUUGUUAUUGGCAGGUUUUCCCCUGCAAGUGCCAAGCCUGCACAGCUACAGCCCCACAGCAUCCCCACCCUGUGCUGGGGAGGUUUUAGUUCUGGGUGCUUGGUUUGUUCUGUGGGUAAAGGAAAUAUCUCGAGGGUGGGAGGUUGAACAUCCCUGAAGCCAUUCCGGAGUGCGGCAGGGGUGUCAGAGCCUCUGCACACCAUGGAGGUCUCAGUCCAGGGAAGACCCCGCUGCCCCCAGAUAAUCUAGUUUGUCUCUUGCUCCCAAUCCUAGCAUUAAAACACCUUGUAA